UUACAAACUGUUUUCAAAAAAAAUCCCAAUGUAUGCUGAUUUAAUAUGAGCUUUUCUAGAUGUUUCUAGUUGUCCUGAUCACAUUAAUAACUAACCAUUUGAUUUCUAGGUCAAAAAUUUUUCCAACCUAAAAUCGUCAGAAAGAAGAAGAAUUUUUAGUCUCAUCAACUCCAAGUACAAUAUCCACCAGGAAGACGAGAAAACUGUUUUUCCAACUAUAACAAAAAACUCAAACUUCAAGUCUGAAAGAGGUGUUACAGGCACACUUUAUACUGAUGAAAGACAAAACGUCUUGUGGUUUAAAACCAGAAAUUUUGUUGAUUACAUUCCAACUGUUUUUACUCUAUGGAAAUGUCCUUACAUUUUGCCCUUUGUCUUCACUCAUGAACUUGUGAUUAAAAACAUCAAAAAUGGUGCUAAUUUAAUGUUGCCAGGCUCACUCCCUCCAUUUGACAAAGCCUGUAAAAAGAAUGCACUUGUUGCUAUUGCUGAUUACAAAUCACCAAACGUUUGUAUUGCAGUUGGCAAAUGUUUGUUGAAUUUACACCAAUAUGACGACGUUAUUGGUAAAAGUGGCAUCGCAGUUCAAAUAAUUCAUCACUUUGAUGACUAUCUCAAGUUGUUGUCAAAAGACGAAACUCAAAUCCCUAAAUCUAUUGAAAUUAAAGAUUAUAAUAAUUCAGAAACUCCCAAUCAAGAAACUUCAAUUAAUAAAAAUUGCGAAAAAAACAUAAAAGGCCAAGAAAUUGUUCAAGGCAAAGAUAUCAAUUCAAAUGAGAUUGAAGAUGAAAAUUUAUCUGAGACUAAAGAUAAAUCAGAAAUAAGCAAUUCAAAAAAUGAAUCUACUGGUUUUGAGAAUUUAAUUGAAACUGAAACUGAAACUGAAACUAAAAAGGAAAAGGAAAAGGAAAAGGAUGAAAUAGAAGGUUUAGCUGAAAUUGCAGAUAAACUUACCAUAGAAGAAACUGAUAAUUUUUUCAAAAAAGCAUUAUUUCAAACUUUAUACCAAGAUAAAAUUGAUAUACCUAUUAAUGCUUCAAGCUUUAUGGAUAUUCAUAUUAAAAAAAAUUUACCAGUUCUUUCAAACUCAAAUCUUCUAGUAAUCAAGAAAACCUCAUGGAAAAAAAGUGCCAAAUUUUUAAAAGCGAUGGAAAAGCAAAAUUUUCUAAAAUUAAAAGGAAAAGGCGAUGAUCUUGUAAUUACUGGCGUGUCAAAUAGAGAUAAUAAUGAAGAAAUCAGAACAUUUAUUCCGUAUCGAAUCAAAAAAAUCAACAAUAAUUCUUCUAGUGCAAGCAAUGCAGCAAAUGGUAAAGAUGGCAAUAAAUCUCAAAAACCUGGAAAAUUGAUCUUACAAACCCUAUGGAAACCAGUUUCAAAAACUAGAGGAGUAUUUCAAGCAGUUGGAAAACCUUUUAUUGGUUAUUAUACAAAUAAAGAGUUGAGAGAAAUACUUGUUGAGUAUAUUAAUAAACAAGAGCUUUUUCAUCCAAAUGAUAAAAGAAGCAUUGUUCUAGACGACACUUUAAGCUCUAUCAUUAAUUUUCCAAAGACUGCUAAGAGCAAGGCUAUUGGCAGAGAUAAAAUAUUUAAUGAAUUGUUAAAAGGGUUCACUGAAUUUUAUAGAGUGUUAAAACCGGAUCAAGAUGAAAAUGAGGUUUCGCCAACAAGAGGAAAAGCUCCUAAGGUGUCAAUUGUUGCAGAAACUAAAAUUGGAAGAAAAAAUGUUACAAAGAUUACAAAUUUUGAGAAAUUUUUCAUUCGAUCAGAUUCCUUUGCAGAAGAAUUAAGAGUUAAAUGUUCAGGUUCAACGACCAUUGGACCUUGCGUUCAAAAUCCUAAUCUUUUGGAAGUGGCAGUCCAAGGGUCUCAUAUUAAAUUAGUGACUGAAUUGUUAAUAAGUAAAGGUUUAGAUGCCAGUUGGAUAACAAGUGAGGAUAAAACUAAAAGUAAAAAGAAAAAACAAACAUAAGUAUUACAAUUUAUAAAUCGAAAC